AUGUCGCGCGGUGGCAGAGGUGGUGGCCGCGGCGGGCGCGGGGGUCGCCAGGGCCCCCAGCUGUCUUGGGACAAUGGCGAACAUGCCCCUGAUACACGACCUUCAGAGCUCUUCCCCGCCUACGCAAUUCCAACAGCGAAACCCGUCACCGGCCUCGAACAGGCAAACGUCAACGCCUUCCUCCUCUUCCGCCGCCAGUUCCAGGACGGACCCCUCUACACCCGCAAGCGCACCUGGGGCAUGGACCCGACCAACACGAGAAAGCUCUACGGCCAGGAGCAGGUGAACGCAAAUUACGGCGUGCGCACCCGCGCCACGGCGGACCCCUUCAACGCCGUGCCGACCUACUCGCAAAAGUUCACCCGCUCCGAGCGCGCUCUCCCCGAUUUCGGCGGCCGGCCUUUCUGUAAAGAGUUUUUUCCGCUCGAGCUGCACGAGACGCUGGACGGGGACGACGUUGCGCCGGGGGAGAAGAGGAGGGGUGGGGAGGCCAAGAGGUUGAGGCUCAGCAAGAUUACGGCGCUGCCGACGGCUGAGGAUGUUUUCCAUGUGCAUGCCGAGGGCGACGAGGACGCCGUUGGGCCGGAUGGGGCGAAGAAGAACUUCGAGGACCGCUGCAUAUGGUCAUCGUGCUGGGACUAA